CAAGGCAAGUCGUUAUCUCCACUGCAUGUUGCAGAGUGGAUCCAUGGCUGCUGCUGCAGCGAAUGGUGACGGCUCUCAAACACAACUGAGCAGCACUUCGACCCCAACUAACGAGUCUGAUGGGCAAGUGAAGUCAUGUGGGGUCGCAGCUGGGCGGCCAACACCACCGCUCAAGAGGCCCCAUAUACCCGUAUUGGACGGCUGUCGGUCCGUGGAUAAUUACGAGAAGUUGAAUCGUAUUGACGAAGGGACCUAUGGUGUAGUUUACCGAGCGAGAGAGAAGACGACCGGGAAGAUAUGCGCAUUGAAACAGGUGAAGUUACGGGAACAAGACGACUCAUCGGGCUUCCCUCUAACAGCUCUGCGUGAGGUUGACACUCUCCUUCGCCUACGUCAUGAGAAUAUCAUAACGGUUUCAGAGGUUGCGGUCGGAGCACGCAGUACCCAGAUCUAUAUGGUGAUGGAGUAUAUGGAGCAUGAACUGAAGGACUUACUGGAGCACCUCACACCUGAUGAAGGGCUCCGACAAGCUGAGGUGAAGUCGCUAGUAGUACAAUUACUCUCUGGUGUCGCAUAUAUGCACGAGCGAUGGAUUAUUCACAGGGAUUUAAAGACAAGUAACUUACUUUUCAACAAUCGAGGGGUUUUGAAAAUCUGCGAUUUCGGUUUGGCCCGUCAGUACUCGGAGCCGAUCGACACCAUGACUCGCAAGGUUGUCACGUUAUGGUAUAGAGCACCAGAGUUAUUAUUGGGACCAGCAGAUUACAAGUACACUACGGCAAUCGAUAUGUGGUCAUGCGGAUGUAUAGUAGGGGAAAUUAUUAGACGGGAUCCGCUCUUCGCUGAAGCCUCUGAGGUUGACGUGCUUGAGAAGAUACUCGACUUAGUAGGGACGCCAAAUGUCAACCGCAAAUGGCCCGAGUUCCGAUCGUAUGUUACGGCGAAAGGAUUGAAGAUAAGGACGAGACAGCCGAAUUGGAGGAGUGCUGCUAUUGGCUUUCCGCAGGCCGGCAUAGUUUCUUCUGUUUCCUGUCCAUUAACACACGUUGGUUUGGAUUUGAUGCAAGGGCUCCUAGACUUGAACCCGGUCACCCGGCUAUCAGCUAAAGCAGCUCUCAAUCACCCGUGGCUCACACAGGAGAAGCCAGCACCACGUGAAAAGGAGUCUAUGCGACAGUUCGUUGAGGGCAAUAAUAAACUGCAUGAUAGGAGGAAGAGGAAGAACAGAAGUGAUAACCUCGAGGACGAGCAUGACUUGAAGGCUCAGCCCCAUGGUGCUGAGGGAGAUAGCUACGUCUUUGGCAACGAGAGUGUUAAUGUAGAGAAAUACCUCCGACAGUUGGAUAAACAACGGGAAGCUGAGACGAAGUCUGAACAAGCAUCAGCAGACGGAGGACCUCCUGGAAAGCUUCCUCGACGAUAA